AGAUCAACAACUCACAUGAGGAUUACUUACCUGCACACCAUAACAGAUCCCAUACUUUAGCGGUUCAGCCCACCCUUCCGGUCCAGUCCGGUCUAAUCCAACCUAAACCGGUUCACCUCCCAUAUAAAAAGGCCACCUUAACAUAAUUCUUAUAUCGAUAAAAGGAACCAAUCCCUGUCCGAAAAUACCUGCGUAGAAUCUAAAAAAGGUUUUUUUUUUCCCUCGGGAUCUGUGCAAGACUUUGAUUGAAAAUGGUACGAGGAAAACUUGAAGUACUUCUUGUUAGUGCUAAAGGCCUUGAAAAUACUGAUUUUCUCAAUAAUAUGGAUCCAUAUGUGGUCUUAACUUGUAGAACUCAGGAGCAAAAGAGCAGUGUUGCAUCAGGGAAGGGAUCUGAUCCAGAAUGGAAUGAAACAUUUAUUUUCUCCAUUUCUGAGGGUGUUGAAGAACUCUUCUUGAAGAUUAUGGACAGUGAUUCUAUCGGUGAGGACGACUUUGUUGGGGAAGCUAAGAUAACAAUUGAGCCUGUUUUAACAGAUGGGAGCAUCCCAACAACAUGUUAUAAUGUUGUUAAAGAUGAGCAAUACUGUGGAGAAAUUAGAGUUGGUCUGACCUUUACUCCUGAGGAAUAUUCUGAGAGGGAAUAUGAAGAAGAAAGCUUUGGUGGAUGGAAAGAGUCUUCUUAUUGAUGUGAAGCAUCACUCGAUCGAUCAACUCGUUAUGAUAUUUCAAGUGUCGCAGUGUGGAUUUCAUAUGGUAAAAACGGAAGGUGUUAUCUAAAUGUGGUUCCAGCAUUUAGUGGAAUGAAAAAGUUGGGAUUUUCUUUUCAUUUUUUUUAAGAUAAAUUUGAUGAUUCUUCUUGACAUGAUUUUCUAUUUAGUGACCAUGCACUGCAAUUUGAGGUUUAUUAUGCAGAAUGACUUUACCAUUGCCUCCAAAA